GGCAGCGGGCACCGAGCCCGCGCUGAGCAUCCCGGCAGGUCAGCCUCUGCCACCAUGAUGGAGGAAGCUGCCCCCAGCUCCAGCGAGGGCCAGCAAGGCCAUUUCCUGGCCAGGAACGGCACCGACAGCUCCUUGGACCUGGACUCUGUGGUGAAGCCUCUCGCCCUGAACCCCUGGGACGUUGUUCUCUGCGUCUCUGGGACCAUCAUCUCCUGCGAGAAUGCCAUCGUGGUGGUGGUCAUCUUCUACAGCCCGGCGUUCCGGGCUCCCAUGUUCCUCCUGAUCGGCAGCCUGGCCACAGCCGACCUGCUGGCCGGCCUGGGGCUGAUCCUGCACUUCGCCUUUGUCUACUUCCUGCCGUCGGAGGCAGGCAGCCUGCUCACCGUGGGGCUUUUGGUCACCUCCUUCACGGCCAGCGUCAGCAGCCUGCUGGCCAUCACCAUCGACCGCUACCUGUCCCUCUGCAGCGCCCUGACCUACUACUCGGCCAGGACGGUCACCAGGACUUACAUCAUGCUGCUCCUCACCUGGGGAGCCUCCAUCUGCUACGGGCUCCUGCCCAUCAUGGGCUGGAACUGCCUGAAGGAGCCCUCCGCCUGCAGCAUCGUCAAGCCCCUGACGAAGAACCACCUCCUCAUCCUCUCCGUCUCCUUCUUCCUGGUGUUCGCGGCGAUGCUCCAGCUCUACGCGCGGAUCUGCAGGAUCGUGUGCCGGCACGCCCACCAGAUCGCCAUCCAGAGACACUUCCUGGCCAGCUCCCACUACGUCACCACCCGAAAGGGCAUCGCCACCCUGGCUGUCAUCCUGGGCACCUUCGCCUCGUGCUGGCUGCCCUUCGCCCUGUGCUGCCUGCUGGGGGACUACAGCUCCCCCGCGCUCUACACCUACGCCACGCUGCUCCCCGCCACCUCCAACUCCCUGCUCAAUCCUCUCAUCUACGCCUUCCGCAACCAGGAGAUCCAGAAGGUGCUCUGGACGGUGUGCUGCGGCUGCUUCUCCUCCACACUGCCCUUCCGCUCCCACUCCCCCAGCGACGUCUGACACCAGCCCCCUCCCUCCCUUCUUCCCCAGCCCCUCUGCACCUUGCACUCACCGAGCGGGGCUGCGGCGUUCUCCGGGGGCUGCUUUUUGCCCCUUUGCCUUCCCAGCGACAGGUUCUGGGAGCUCUCCGAGUCCUGGCAGCUGCGGCUGGUGAUCUGGAAGGUCUGCUCCAACCAAGCCGAUUCCAGGAGCUCUUCCCAGCCUCAUCCUUGCAGGCACAACCCUUCUCCUCCUCUAUUUUUCCACUUUUUGAAUGUACAGGAAAGAAAAGGCUAUUUUUUACCCAUAAUAUGAUCUAUAUUUAUGCACGGGGGGCCUCGAGAUUCUCACAUUUGCUUUACAACUCUUCCUGAUAAUUUGUUGUUUUGAGGGGGGCGAUACCGGCAGCGGUC